AUGGCAGAUGAAGCUGUUGCUAUACAGAAAAUUCAAGAAAGUGAUGCCUUAUUUAUGGAAUUAUCCAAGACUUUCCUACUAUAUACAACCGUGCAUCAAAGGAUUUCAAAGACAAGAAUAAGAAAGCAAACUGCUGGAAGAAAAUCGCAGAGCGACUCCACGAAACCAUUGACUCUGUAA